AUGCAGUUGGUAACAGCAGCUGUAAAAUCCUCUGAUGGUAUCUUCUUCCUGAAUGACGUCAACAGACGCGAGCGUCUCGCCGGGACGUUUGCUAUUGCGGGUACCGUAAUAUAUUACCAGCAAAGCCAAAAUGGCGGUCCUUCCUCCCUCCGAUGGGAGGGACCCAACUCUGAGAACCUGAAUAUCCUCGGAUUUACACUGGAACAACACAGUACCAUCACUAUCGAGUACGAACUCACCAGGCAGGCUGGUACAUCUGAGCAUGACGUCAUCGAAUCUACGUCUCAAGAGGAAAGCUACGACUGGCAAAAGCUUCUUUACCAACACGUGGCCUCUGUCAAAGGAUUUCCUGUUCCACCACGACCUAUACCUAAUGACGUCACGAGAUCGAAUACAUCCACAAGUGCAACAGACACGUCAAGACUAAAAGUCAAAGCUGCGCCGGAAAAAGAAAACGUCCGCGAAUUAAAUGUACUUUCUGUAUCAAAAGAAACUACUACCACACUUCCAGUCGAAAUCAUUUCUACCCUUGAUGUUCUCAACAAUCCCUCUCCUCGUUCCAAAAAGAGAAAACGCCUUUCACGCAAACGAAAGCUAAAAUUGCGAAAAAAGAAUGUUCCAAAGUUCCUCCCAGUAAGCAUCGAACGUGACGCCAUCCCUAGCAGCCUUCGUACUGAUGACGCUGGCGAUACCCAAAGCUAUGACACAGAUUCUAACAGAGCCCGUAUGUCGGAUAACUUAGCUCGGAGCCUGGGUAUCGGUAUUAGUGUCCGGAGUGGCGCGACACAAGUUGACAACACAGAGGAAGGUAACGAGGAACUAUUUCGGCGAACAGAUAGCAGUGAUGUGUAUGAAUGGCGGAAGAAUACCAUCACACCAUGUAGUUCUACGUGUUCAUUCGGAACACAGAUCAGUUUGUUUAGAUGUGAACGGAACGAUGGUGUCCAGGUCAAUGAGAGUUUAUGCGACGUCAGCAUGCGUCCCAGCCCAACGUAUCACGAGUGUGGCCGGAAACGAUGCCAACCAAGGUGGGUGACUGGCCCCUGGGCGCCCUGUUCCAGGACAUGUGGUGGUGGGGAGUCUGUUCGGUCUGUACGGUGCUGGCAGAUGCUAGCCCCCGGGUUCGACAGUACGGUACACGCUUACCUGUGUGACCUAAGGGCGGAGCCGAUGUCGUCUCGCAGGUGUGGCGUCAUUCCAUGCGGCCCUCAAUGGGAAGUUUCUCAGUGGCAAGAGUGUACGUCGAUGUGUGGAAAUGGCUUCCAGACAAGACACGUCAGAUGUAGUAGCGGAAGUGAUGUUUACUGUUCAACUCGGUCAAGGCCACUAAGUAAGCGGUCAUGUCACCUGGCACAGUGUACGAACCAGUGGUACACCGUCAGUUGGUCUCCAUGUUCGGGCCUCUGUGGCAGAGGGACACGUCAGCGACACGUGGGUUGUAGGGAUCCACAGGGACGCCUCCUGGCGGAGAAUUUUUGUGAUCCUGACACGAAGCCGUUGUCCACCAUUGCCUGUAGUGAAUCCCUAUACUGUCCGCCAACUUGGGUGGCCCAGCCGUGGGGCAAGUGUGAUAUGAACUGCGGGAAGGGCGAGGUAACUCGGAAACUAAUAUGUGGUUCUGUCGUGGGGGGAAAGUUUCGCCUCCAGUCUGACGUCAACUGUAAACGUUCUCCGCGACCCCAGUCUACCACGCCCUGUUUCGUGGAGGAAUGCCGGGUAAUGUGGUUCACUACAACCUGGUCAGAGUGUUCAGAAACAUGUGGAGAAGACGCGGCGAAAACGAGGGAGGUCAGGUGUUACCUUGCCAACCAGACGUCAGACAGAUGUAAUGUGAACGAGAAACCGCAGACCACAGAAAGGUGCUUUCUUCGACCUUGUCCCAAACAAGACGACGACAAUUGUCAUGGUGAUCGUAUAGAGAAUUGCCAUUUGUUGGUACCAGACCUGUGUAGACAAACGUACUAUUCUUCUCAGUGCUGCGCCACCUGUCAACGAAAAUUAUCACAUGGGGUCAAAGAACCAUAACUCUGGCUUCAUCCAUUGCCAAACGAUUGUUCGGACAACUGAGAGAAAAGGGACACAACUAAACUUGGAUGUGUAGAAUGUGUGGACAUGUUAUAACUUCCAAUAAUUAUAAGUUAUGUUAAGGUAUGGCAAAACCCAGUUUUAACUGCUAGAAACAUUAUAUGAAUAAUUUCCCUUUGCUACAGCUGACAGCAUGAACACGUAUCAUAAGUAUUUAGUAGGUUUAAAUAGAAGAUAAAACAUACAGGAUAAACAGACUAACAGUUGCAUUAUAACGGAUAUACAAAGCUAAGCUCUCACAUACAUAGCUUAAUUGUGAUAAACACUGUACAUAGCUAAGUUAUAAACAUACGUUCUUAUCACUCAAAAUUUAUCCACAUAUUUAUACUCUUAACAGAUGCAUUUUGUACAUGUAUGUUGUUUCCGCUUUGUGUACAUUCCAGAAGUUAUCGCGCAUGAUGGAAUAUGUUUGAACGAAACUGUGUCGCAUGCCAUCAUAACUGUCACAGUUUUUUUUCAAUCAUAACUGUUUACGUUAAAAACAACCAAAACAAUUAAAUUAUUUUAUCGUUCUUUGUGGUCUCAAACUGGUUCACGAAAUGGCGGAACAGACAUUUUGCGAGAACAGGAUCGUGGUUUCUAUAGUUACCAGUUCCGCCAUUCGGGAAUUUCCUUAAUAGUUUGAAUUUGACGUCACGUCCAGAAUGAUGGAAACAUUCAAACAGUUUCCUAUUGAAACUUUUCACAUGUCGUGAUUCAUGCUUUUAUUGAAAUAAAGUAACACUUUAGAUUCGUAGGUUUAUGCAAAGUAAAUGUAAAUUUUAAUACUUAAAUGACUAUUUGGAACUGAUUCAUUUUCGUUUUCAAAGAAUUGUGAAUGUUUCGUCAUAGCCUGUUGAUCUCAUGAAUAAUUACACUGUCUGGUUUCUGGUUUUACGAAUGAACAUGAACGUAAAGGAAAUCCAAUCCUUAACAAAACAUAAUGAUUUGGGCGAAGGAAAAUAUUCAGUUAAAGAAAUUGUUCCUUAAUAUAGUUUGUAAAGUUGAGAAUUGAUCAUGAAAUUGGGACCAGAAAUCAAGUGUACAGCCCAGGCUAGGGUAGCAGUAUACAGUGGAAAUGGCCCGACUCUGAUCAACAAGGCACAUGUCGAGGAAAUGUAAACACAGCGGAUU